GUGUCGAAGCAGCCGCUGACUGGCCUAAAUCUCAAUCGCUGCACGUCGUAGGGGUGGAAUGCCAAGACGCUAACCCACCCCAGUGACCGUCCGGCCGUGUUCCAGGUUCCCCCCGUCCAUCGUCACCACUGUGCUCUUCACACAUCCUCUCUACAGUACUAUUCUAGUCCACGACACGAGCUCUGCGUUCUUCACAAUCCUGGUGAAGCAUGGCGGUUCUCGAAAUAACACAAUUGCGUCUCAGGAAUGUUGCCGCCGACGAUCCAGCAUUACUUGAGAACCUGUCAGCUGUGCGAGAGAAACUGCAUACAAGCUCACGGUUUUACAACUGCAUCGAGGACCCCAAAUUGAUCUAUAUUUUGGGCAUAUGGCCAAAUUUGGAAGCACACUUGAAGUUCCUAGAAUCUCCAGCGCGGGACGAGGUUCUCGGCCCCCAAGAAGAUAUGCUUCAAUUUUGUUGGACUGUCCAUGUGGAACUAGAUGGUAUGCAUUUGCUUCCUUUAGAGGCACCCGUAUUGGCAAUGGAGAGACUUCGUUUCAAGGAAGAGUGCGUCGAGUAUCUUGAAAGGGCUGUCACAAGCUAUACGCAACAGCGCCGAGGCAAUCACACGUUCAGAGUCGCACACGGCUGGCGAUGCGAUGCACCGGGAACUUACGAGGCGCUCGUCUUUACUGGAUGGGAGACUGCGCAAACUCACGUCACCCUCAUAGCAAACGUGGAUGAUGGCCACGACAUCGCCGUAUUGCAGGACCAAUCCGAGAGGGUGCCAAUCAUACGUGGCAGAAAUCUGGAGCGGAAAGAUGGUUGAGAUUAGGCUCCAAACUGUUCUUCAUUCUUGAGGGUGCAUGGUUUAUGGGCUUAGAGCUCUCAUGGGAAAAGGAAAUGAGGAUAUUCAGUCUUGAUGGAAGGCACACGUGCGCCUGUUCUUCCCAUGAGAUCUCCGACUGGCCGGGUCGUGUACCCGUGCGAAGCCAG